AUGCUACUGAUUGCUAACGAGUUGAAUGACCCGUUGAAUCACCAAGUGCAUUCUAGAAAUUAUAAAACAUUUACAACCAUGAAAAGCUCCUCAGAAGAUAGUUCAGAAUCUGACAAUUUGGACUCUGAGUCGUUUGCAGUAACCGAGCCAUGUACAUCGAGCGAUUCGGGAGUAUCAAGCAGACCUGGGAGUCCAGGUAAGGUGAACAGGAUGGAGUCCCCUCCAACUCCAAACCUGUUUGUUGGUGGGCAAUUUUCAUAUGAUAAAGGGAAGGGUUGUUUCGAUAACGGGUCCAAAACGUUUUACGGAAGUAACCAAGAUGAAUUUUUAAAGAUAAUGGAACCGAAUCCAGUAUAUCCUCCCCGUUACGAUUCGCUUCCUCCAGGUGGGUGUCCUAAAUAUCCGAUAGCCCCUGUGACUACCUCUGAAGAUCUUCCCCCCUAUUCUCCAUCUGUCUAUAAAGUUGGUGUUGCUGCAAGAAAAGUCGAGUGGUUAUCUCCUUAUGAACCGUCACCGAAUAGAUCGUGGAAACAUGUAAUAGUGGAGUUGAAUUCUACUCAGUUGAAUUUUUACAGAAUUCCUAGUAACCUUGAAAGCCAAGUAUUAUCAUUCAAAACUUGUACGCAGGGGCAGGAGAAAACACUUAACGAUUUUGAACAAGAGUUGAGCAAUAUCGAUUCCUACGUAACGCAGGCUGAAGAUUUGGAAUUUUUUAAAUUAUGUAAGAGGUUAAACUUAGUUGACUCCUCAGCAUGUGGGCUCUCGAGUAACUUUUUGGCUACUGAAGACGACAAUCACAGGCUGAUAAAGUCCAAAAAUAAAAGCCUUAUCAGAUCCUAUUCACUUCAACAUGCUAAAAUUGGGUUAGCAUCGGACUAUAAAAAGAGAUCAAAUGUUUUGAGAAUCAGAGCCGAAAGCGAACAAAUUCUUUUGAACUUUUUUUCCACUAAAGAGUUGAUAGAUUGGAAUACUGCUGUAGACAUAGGGAAAGACAUAUCUUUGGAUCUUACGGAAAGGGAGUUCCCGAAGUACAGAACUGUACCCAGAAGAAGAAGAAGGAGAACUAGUCCACCCGGCAUUAAUCGCGUUCGAUCACAUUCCGAUCCUAUUCCUGAGACAGGAAGAAUCAGGGGAAAAUUGUCAAAAUUGAGAUCUAAAUUUUCUCUGUCGAAUGGUACGCAUAAUGAUGCGAGACAUCAUGGAGGGCGACUUAACGUAGUUCGCAGCCAUUCAGAGCCAGGUUUUAUUGUUGAUGAUAACGAUGAUGACGGUGAUGAUGAUGUUAAUAGUGAAAUGAGAGGAAACUCAAGGAAUAACGACGAACGUUCAAUACAUGUAGAGGAUAGAGAAUCUACUGUUUCUCAUACAUGCCCUGAAGGGCAAGAGAAUAAUAAUUUCGAAGAUGAUGAUGAUGAACAUAACUUGAUCGACAUGAAUCAAACUGAUGACGAAGACGACGAAUACGACGACGAAUUUGUGGAAAGGGAAGAAAGGGCUCGAAUCAGGAGUAGAGGUAAUACCUUCUCCUCUUUUACAACGGAUGAUGAAUAUAAAUGGCCCCCACUGAGCACGAAAACAACUCAAAAGAAGUUCUAUAGGAAUUGCCUCAGAUGUAUUAAGCCGUUGGCCUCCGAUGAUGCUUGGCUUAACAAGACUUUAGUGAAGCCAACGUCAUAUUCAUAUUUUAAUUCACAAGUUUUGAAGUCAGCAAGGUAUGCAAGCUUAUCUGAUCAUAUUACUUCGUUGUCAAGUAGCUCAACAAGUCUUUCUAGUAUUUAUUCGCAGCAUAUGAGCAUCUGUGUAAAUAAUGCCUCCAUAAAAACAAGAAGCUAUUCUUCAAAAGAUCUCAGUGGUUUAAAUUUACCAGAUACUUCUUUAUCAAGAGUUCCCAAUCAUUUUGUCAAGGAGUUUAUUGUGGGUUCGCACUCGUUAAUUCCCAAGGGCAUUUUUUGA